UUUUGUUAAAUGUCAACUGUCACGCAAGCUACCUAACUCUAACCUCGCGUGUUUUGCACGUGUUGAUUGAAAACAUUUUAUUUUUAACUAAUAAUCAUUAUCAAGUUAGUGAACUUGGAAAACACUAAGACGCAAUAGCAUAAAAGUGAAAAAAUAAAACAGAUUAAUUAAAAACUAUCAUCAUGACGGAAGUUUUACAACCCGGUACCGAGGUAUUUUCUGAAAAGAAAAAGAAGAAAAACAAGGAUGCUGUAUCUUUGGGCACAUUCCAGAAGAUGAGCGAGUUCAAAAUCGAGCCAUCUGAAAGCGUAUCGAAACUAGACACAGCGUAUUGGCCCUUGUUAUUGAAAAACUUCGAUCGCCUCAACGUGCGUUCAAAUCACUAUACACCUCUACCGUUUGGACAUUCACCAUUAAAACGUCCGAUAUCAGAAUACGUGAAGACAGGCUUUAUCAACGUGGACAAACCUAGCAACCCUAGUUCCCACGAAGUCGUAUCAUGGAUCAAGAGAAUAUUGAAGGUGGAAAAAACAGGUCAUUCAGGAACCUUGGAUCCGAAGGUCACAGGCUGUCUCAUUGUUUGCAUAGACAGAGCGACACGACUGGUCAAAUCGCAGCAGAACGCUGGUAAAGAAUAUGUUGCUGUUUUUAACCUGCACUCUGCUGUAGAAAGCAUUAAGAAUGUCACACAAGGUUUGGAGAAGCUGCGCGGUGCGUUAUUCCAGCGACCUCCCCUCAUAUCUGCUGUGAAACGUCAGCUCCGUGUACGUACAGUGUACGACAGCAAAUUGUUGGACUUCGACCAGGAGCGCAACAUUGGAGUUUUCUGGGUAAGCUGUGAGGCUGGUUCCUAUAUUCGUACUAUGUGCGUACACUUGGGUUUGAUGCUCGGUGUGGGCGGUCAGAUGAUCGAGCUGCGUCGUGUACGUUCAGGCAUACAAGGGGAGAAGGAGGGCAUGGUCACCAUGCACGAUAUACUUGACGCUCAGUGGGCGUACGAAAAUCACAAAGACGAAACAUACCUGCGUCGUGUUAUCAGUCCCCUCGAAGGUCUUCUGGUAGCUCAUAAGAGAAUCUUCAUCAAGGACAGCGCCGUGAACGCAGUCUGUUAUGGUGCUAAGGUGUUAUUACCUGGUGUUUUGAGGUAUGAAGACGGUAUAGAAAUGGACCAAGAGAUAGUCAUUGUGACCACUAAAGGAGAAGCAGUUGCACUUGCCAUAGCAUUAAUGACGACGUCAACCAUGGCAUCAUGCGAUCAUGGUGUAGCAGCUAAACUCAAACGUGUGAUCAUGGAACGAGACACAUAUCCGAGAAAAUGGGGCUUAGGACCAAAAGCGUCACAAAAGAAAACACUCAUACAGCAAGGGAAACUCGACAAAUUCGGCAAACCAAACGAGAACACGCCUAAAGAGUGGUUAAACAGCUACGUAGACUACAAACCGAAGGCGGACGAAAAUGGCUCAGCAGAAGCUGACGAAAGCAGCAGAAAGAGGACAGCGAGCGCAUCAAAUGCUGACAAUCCAGAUGACUCUAUGAACGCUAAAGCGGAGAAGAAGAAAAAGAAGAAGAAGAAGGAUUUAGAUAGUACAGUGGACGCUGAUACAACGGUAGAAGCGGCUGACACAUCUGAAGUGGCCGACGACUCCGUUCGAAAAGAAAAGAAAAAGAAGAAGAAGAAGGACAAACAACAGGACAGGGAGGAGGAGUGAAUAGCAUAAGGCAAUGUAGUCAAUAAGAAAUUUUAUUUUUUUGUAUGAUCUAUAAUAAGACUAUGUGCAUCUAUCUUUAAGAUGACAUGUGCUUUAUGGUAAAUAUGUUGUUAUGUUUGUGCAUUGGUACCUAUGGAAUCAUUGAUUAUGUCAUACAGGUUUAUAGGAUUUAAGACAAGAUAAAUUGUAAAUCUAUAAAAACAACAAGAUUAUUAUGAGAAUAAACAUUAUUGUGUAAAGUAA